ACAGCUUAAGGCAUAGUGGCUUCCUCUCCAUAAUAGUUACAUUCUUCCUAUCACGCUGGAGUUCAUCAAGGAUCGAAACCUGAAACUGGAGCCAACAACCACACAGAGGAAGAAGAGCACCAACACUGGUUCCCAGCCUAUCCAAGGUAGAAGUGAUCAACGUUAGCGUGGCAGUAACAUGGUGACUGUCAGAGAGGAGAUGCGUAAGGGGCCAUGGACAGAGCAGGAGGACAUGCAACUGGUAUGCACUGUCCGCCUGUUCGGUGACCGUCGUUGGGACUUCAUUGCCCAAGUCUCAGGCCUCAACAGGACAGGAAAGAGCUGCCGCCUCCGGUGGGUGAACUACCUCCACCCUGGCCUCAAACAUGGCCGCAUGUCCCCAAAAGAGGAGCGCCUUAUUAUUGAGCUCCAUGCUCGGUGGGGGAACAGGUGGUCUAGGAUAGCACGGAGGCUGCCAGGGCGCACAGACAAUGAGAUCAAGAACUACUGGAGGACACACAUGAGAAAGAAGGCACAAGAGAGAAAGAUGAGCAUAUCACCUUCAUCCUCAUCCUCUUCAGUGACAUACCAAUCCUGCCUUCUUGACACCUGUCCAGUCAUUGGGAUGGGCACUGGUGACACUCACAACGGCAGUAGCUGUGUCACCAGCUCCCUUGAGAGCACCCAGAGUGCCAUGGAUGCAUAUCCCAUUGAUCAGAUAUGGAGGGAGAUCGAGGCACCACAGGCAUCUGCCUUCCUGAACAUUGCUGAAGGAAAAGAGAAGACAUGCAGCAGUAUUCCCUGUCCUCUGCCAUCACCUGCUAUGUGGGAUUAUAAAUGCCCUGAGAUAUUCUGGAAGAUGGCAGAUGAAGAAAUCAGGAUGUUGGCUCCAUAAUUUGGUCACCGUAAAUAAGGCCCUUGCUAUUGAAGGCUGAAGGAAUACAUCUAUAUAUAGGUCAGGUCACUCAGUUAUCUGCCUAGCAGAUUUACAGUAUUUGUACUUACUGGCUAUGUUUGCAUUAGUAUGGAUUUCAGUAUUUUAAAAUCUAUGGUAACAUUGGAGGUAUGCUCAUGAUGUAUGCAUCUAUGCAGUGUGAGAAUAGUUUGUAACAGUUUGUGCAAUAGUGUGCAAUACAACGAUGCUCUAUAUGCAUGAUAGUUAUCCCUGCGAA